AUGGAAGCCCCAGAAUCCCCUAGUGGUCCAGCUAUGGGUCCGAAGCCGAGACGUUCAAGUCAAGGAUCGCUCGAUAGUACGCAUUCAAGAGCAUCCUUUUCAAAGGCUUUUAUCCAGGAUAGGCUGUUUACCAAGCUUCUCCAGCAAGUCAUCCCCUCAGACAACGACGAGGAUGAGAGAACUACGGGGAACAAGGCCUUUGAGACAACCACUAAGAAACCACCUUUCAGUCUUCCAACAAUGGCAAAUAACUUCCGCCGCUUCAAUGCAAGAAUCGGCGUGGUCUUUUUGUUCCAGCAAGAUGUGGAACUCUUACUAGCCUGGAAUAAGCCAACUCAUACUCUCUCAUUUCUCUUUAUCUACUCGUUCAUUUGCUUGGAUCCACAACUCUUAUUGAUCUUGCCACUAGUGGUUAUACUACUCAAGAUCAUGGUUCCUGCUUUUGUGACUCGUCAUCCACCUCCACCAGUCACUUCUACAUCUAGUACAACUCCUUAUUACUCUUAUGGAGGACCGGCGCUGGCGCCGGCCCAAACAAUUAAACCAGCUUCUGAGACUUCUAAGGAUUUCCUUCGAAACAUGAGGGAUCUUCAGAACGUUAUGGCAGACUUCUCAGAUGUUCAUGAUGCGACAAUUUCGGCGGUGGCCCCGUUGACAAACUUUUCUGAUGAGAAACUAUCAUCGACUCUCUUCCUAGGAUGUACAGUUGCUACAGCGGUUCUAUUUUUGACAGCACAUCUUCUCCCUCUCAGACUAAUCAUGCUCGUUGGUGGAAAUGCAGCCCUGCUAUUAAAUAACCCUAAAAUUCGACUCUUCUUUCAGGACUUCAUGGAGGAUGUUGGUGGAAUGGACCAGUCUGCAAUUGAUGACAGUGACGAAAACAAAGAAUUCUUCGGGAAAAAUGUUCCUGCUAAUCCAUCUGCAGUAAUGUCUGCCAUGGAGCAGCUGGCGGAGAUCAUAGUGGAUAGCGAUCCGGAAGAGCGAGAAGUUGAGAUUUUCGAGAUCCAGCACCGGGCUCCGGGGUCUUCGGAGUCUGGGUGGGAGAUUUUCUUGUUUAGUCCUCAGCCAUACUACCCGCUGUCCCCGUCUCGCAUUGCUGGGGAUCGGCCUCGUGGGUGUCGAUUCUUUGACGACGUGCAACCCCCAUCUGGUUGGCAGUGGAAAAGCAAAAAGUGGGAGCUUGACCUCGAUUGUCGGGAGUGGGUGAUGGAGCGUAUGAUUACUGGCGUUGGAUUUGAGGUCCCAGGCGAGACCUCAGAUGGCAAUUCCACUGUCGAUGAGAUUGGAGGUUGGGUAUGGGAUCUUCCAUCUGAUCCAUCACCAGAGGAUGAACAGAUACCUAUCAUGGCUUACGGUGAUCUAGCAAUUGAUGAAAAGCCUUCGUCUUCCGCUCAACAUACAACUUCCAAGGACGAUUCCUCCGGUCGCGAUUGGGAAGAGGCCCCUGCAUCAUUCGGGGUAGGAGAAUGGCGGCGUCGACGGUGGGCGCGAGUUGUACAACGCAUGAACCUCCCUCCAUCUGGCAUCGUUACAUACUCGACCCUCCAGAAUAACUGA